AUGGCGACUCUCAAAUACGGCCUCAACAUCGCGAAAAAACCCUCAGGAGGUCCAUCACGUCCAAAAACACCCUUAAAGAAGCCUGUCUUCGGUGACGACGACUCGGAGCCCGAAACCUACGCUCCCGCAAGCAAUGGCGCCGCGGAAAUCAGUAGGUUCGACGAAGAUGCCCCCUCAAAACCAUCAGAGCAGAUCAACGGCACCAUCAAACCUGUGCUCAAGCCUAAUUCCAAAGCUAAAGACCUCGGUCCCUCGCAAUAUGGCGAUCUCUCCACCCUCCAGAGCCAGAAGAAGCACCAGCAGGAAGCCGAAGCCUUAGACCCUUCCAUAUACGACUACGACGCAGCUUACGAUGCACUACAUGCGAAAGACGCGGCCAGGAAGGCUGCUGCACGUGCUGAUGCCGCUGAAAGGAAACCCAAAUAUAUGGAGUCUUUGCUGGCCAGUGCUGAGGUCCGGAAGCGGGACCAGCUGCGCGCAAAAGAGAAGUUGUUGCAGCGCGAACGAGAGGCCGAAGGCGACGAGUUCGCCGACAAGGAGAAGUUCGUUACUAGCGCGUACAAACAGCAACAGGAGGAGAUCAGGCGGAUGGAAGAGGAAGAAAAGAUCAGGGAGGAAGAGGAGGCGAAGAAGAAGCGAAGUAUGGGUAUGCAGGGUUUCUAUAAGAAGAUCAUGGAGGAAGAGGAGAAGCGGCAUCAGGAGGCAAUGGAGUUGGCUGCGCAGGCUCGACCGGCGGGUAAGCAGGCGGCGGAGGAUGUCGAGAAGGAGAAGAGUGAUCUGGAGCUUGCUCGGGAGCUGAACGCGAAGGGGAGGAACGUUUUUAUCAACGACGAGGGGGAGGUUGCGGACAAGCGGCAGCUCCUCUCCGCAGGCUUGAAUAUCGCGCCUAAACCCAAGUCGGCGGCCGUUACUAACUCAAGCUCUUCAAAAGAUACUGCGUCCAAGCAGACGUAUCAGUACGAUGUGGCAAGCAGGAGAGCACAGGCUGAGCGCCAGGGGAGAAUGAUGGAAACGCAGAUGGCGCAGGCAGUAAAAAGGAAGGCGGAUGAAGAGGCAGAAAAACAGAGGCAAAUAGAGCAGGCGAGCAAGAGCAGGAAAACGGAAGCGGAUAUCAGCAGCGCCAAAGAGAGAUACUUGGCAAGGAAGCGCGAGGCGGCUGCAGCUGCGGCCGCCGCUAAAAGUCCUGAAUGA